AUGACUGAAAACCCUCUCGAUGUAAAGUACCAGUCCAUGCUUGAAAAUAUCCGGGACUCGCUCCUUCCUUCAAGAGAAGAUGUUCUAGUAUUGGUGGAAGAAGUUCGCAAGAUAUUGGAGUCUGAGCCAAACGUCCUGUAUAUAGACACACCAGUCAAUGUUGUUGGAGAUGUCCAUGGCCAGUUUUACGAUGUACUAAAUAUGAUGAGCCUAAUGGAAGAUCCAUCCGAAAAACCAUAUCUGUUCCUUGGAGACUAUGUUGAUAGAGGAUACAAUUCCGUAGAUCUUAUCCUUCUCUUGUUUGUAUACAAAAGGCUUUAUAGAAAUACCUUACAUCUUUUGAGGGGGAACCAUGAAACACGGAUGCUUUCCUCGGUUUACGGAUUCAAGGAAGAAUGUGUGCGCAGAUACGAUCUUGUGGUGUACUGGAGAAUCUGUGAAGCCUUCCAAUACCUUCCCAUUGCUGCAGUGGUCUUGGGAAAAUACUUCUGUGUUCAUGGCGGGCUGGUUCCUGGAAUGUCUCUGGACUUUCUAAUGAAACAUGACAGGAUAGGGGAGAUUACAGAGAUAAACGAUAUUCUCUGGAGCGAUCCAGAUGAAACCCUUGGGUUUCGGAAAAGCCAAAGAGGGGCAGGAUAUUUAUUUGGAGAGGAUGUUCUAAGAAACUUCCUUGAUGAACAUGGUCUGUUCCAUUUUGUUCGGUCUCACCAACUGGUUAAUGAUGGUUAUAAAGUAUAUUUUGAUGGGAAGUUGUACACUGUGUGGGGAGCCCCGAACUACUGUUAUUCUUCUGGUAACAUUGCCUGCGUUAUGGCUAUUGAUGAGAACGGCCAUGAUUUUAGAUUAUUUGAUAGAUGCGAAGAACAAUUUAAAGAAAUCCCGGUGAGAUGUGAUUUUUUUGGAAGUUAA